AUGGCAGGGUGGUUGAUGAAUAACCAAAAGUUAAGUCCUAUGGGGUUGAUGAUCAACAAAGAUGAGAUGAAUAUGAGUUAUCAUUAUGUGUUUGGCCAAAAACAAAAAUCAAGUCUUGAUUUUCUUAUGCAGAAUUGUGAUUUGCCUCCACCACUCAAGGUGUUUUCUGGUCCUGAUAAGUCGGUGGUGCUUACACCGACGAAUGAUAAUGUUAAGGAGGGGGAUAUCGAGAUGAAACAAGAAAUAGGGAGUGAUAGGUUGGAGAUUUUAAAGGCGUUGAGACGAUCACAGACACGAGCAAGAGAGGCAGAGAGGAAGUACCUGGCAUUGCAUAAGGAGAAGGAAGCUCUUUUGAAUUUGAUGUUGGAUGAAUCAGCACGAUCGCUUGCUUAUAGGAACUGGAUCAAAGUUCUUGAGCUACAAAUCCUGCAGUUAAAAACACAAAAGCAGCAGCAGAAAUAUGAAAAUGUUGAUAAAUGGGACAGGACAAAAGAAGAUGAAAAUGGUACAAAUGGUGUAACAUGGUUCAUAGCAGUUGCUUUCUGUUUAGGCAUAGCAGCAAUUGGUUACAGAUACCUCCUUUGA